UUUUUUCUGCCUAUAUAAACUCUUCCAAAUUUCCCGAUACCAUUGGACUACAAUUCCCAGCAUUACUGCUGAACCUGGGAAGUGGCUCCCUGUGUGAUUUUUUCCUUCGGAAGAAGUUUUCUUGGACCAAUGAUCCUAUUCCUUUCCCUUCUCCACCCCUUUGGGCUUGGCAGUGAUUGUAAGAUGUUACUGAAGAAAAAAGAGUGAAAGGCUGCACAGGCAAAAAAAAAAACAAAGGAAUUGGGAUACAGCUUUUGUUCAUUAUCCCCUCUUUCUCCUAAGUUAUUCAGAGCAAAACCAGACAUUCACUUCUAGAUUUUUUUUUUUUUAAAUUAACUUGAAAUGAUUGGAUAGGAAUUUUUCAAAGGACGCUUGGGAAGGAUUGGAGCGUACAUUUAAGAAAGCAUCAGGAAAUGGUGUGUGGCUGAGGAAAUAUUUAGAGAGAACCACAUAGUGCAUAGUUCUGCUCACUUUUACCUAACAAAGCAGUUCGCCUGGGCUUCCCGCUCCUCUGCCUGGCAUUUGGUUUGCUUUGUUUCUUAAAAAAGGAAAACCUGUAAAUGUUUAGCAUUUGGCUGACUUGCUUUUUAGCUCUGGGGACAAUCUCUGUAAUAUGUGAAUCACUUCAUGGAGCCCAGCUAAGUCCGGAAAGAAGUUUACUAUGGGGACCUGGACUGAGAGCAGGAGUUGUUCUUCCUGCUCGAUAUUUUUAUAUCCAGGCUGUGGAUACUGAAGGGAAAAGAUUUACCACCUCCCCUGGAGAAAAAGCAUUUCAGGUGAAGAUCACAGCACCCGAGGAGCAAUUUACACGAGUGGGAGUGCAAAUAUUGGACAGGAAAGAUGGCUCCUUCAUUGUGCGAUACAGAAUGUAUGCAAGCUACAAAAACUUGAGAAUUGAGGUUUGGGCAAAAAGCAAACAGGUUGCUGAAUCUCCAUAUAUUUUAAAAGGACCUGUUUACCAUGAAAACUGUGACUGCCCUCAGGAAGAUGGGAGAGUUUGGCUGGAGGUGAUGAGCUGUCCUCAAGCAAUUGAGCAGAUUCAGAGAGAUUUGGCACAUUUUCCCACCAUCGAUCCAGAUAAAAUUGCCAAAGAAAUCCCACAACGGUUUGGGCAGAGGCAAAGCUUGUGCCAUUAUACCAUAAAAGACAACAAGAUUUAUAUAAAGACCCAUGGUGAACAUGUUGGAUUCAGAAUUUUCAUGGAUGCUAUUUUACUUUCUUUGACAAGAAAAGUGAAAAUGCCAGAUGUAGAGUUCUUUGUGAAUUUGGGAGAUUGGCCAUUGGAAAAAAAGAAAUCUUCUCAGGAUGUCCAACCCAUAUUCUCCUGGUGUGGAUCCAAUGAUUCCAAAGAUAUUGUAAUGCCAACUUAUGACCUGACAGAUUCUGUGUUAGAAACAAUGGGGCGAGUCAGCCUGGAUAUGAUGUCUGUUCAAGCAAAUACUGGGCCGCCAUGGGAAGAGAAAAACAGCACAGCAAUCUGGAGGGGUCGUGACAGUCGAAAAGAGAGGCUUGAACUUGUAAAAAUGAGCCGAAAGUUCCCAGAAAUCAUCGAUGCGGCCUUUACCAAUUUCUUCUUUUUCAAGCAUGAUGAAAGCCUCUACGGCCCAAUUGUGAAACAUAUUUCCUUUUUUGAUUUCUUCAAGUCUAAAUAUCAAAUUAAUAUUGAUGGCACAGUGGCUGCAUAUCGGCUGCCAUACUUGCUGGCCGGGAACAGCUUAGUGCUGAAGCAGGAUUCCAUCUACUAUGAACAUUUUUAUAAUGAGUUACAACCUUGGAAGCACUUUGUUCCAUUUAAGAAUGACCUGAGCGAUCUCAUGGAAAAACUCCAGUGGGCGAAAGAUCAUGACGAAGAGGCAAAGAACAUUGCAAAAGCGGGACAAGAAUUUGCAAGGAACACUCUCAUGGGAGAUCAUAUAUUCUGUUACUAUUUCAAACUAUUUCAGGAAUAUGCCAAACUACAAGUGAGUGAUCCCAAAGUGAGGGAUGGCAUGGAGAAAGUGUUACAGCCUGAUGAUGACCUCUUCCCCUGUAAUUGUCACCGAACAAAGGUCAAAGAAGAACUCUGAUGGGACAGAGGAAAACGUGUGGCUGGAAAAAAAUAUCUAAUCACCUUCUGAGGGUAAUAAGUUACUAAGAAGGAAAUCAUCUGGAUGCCCUCUUUUGUGCAGUAUUAAUACAACAUUGCCUUUUAUAAGCUCUUUUUUAAUAAAAUAAA